CCGAAGAUCCAUGACUGGUAGAGAGUAGGAGAAGUUAUGUAACACUACUCCCUCUUCCAAUUUUAAGAAUACAGCAAACUCAAGAUGGCGGCAAAGUCAAAGAUCGGAACCUGGGUCAAAAUGUUGGGCGUGUGAGUCCCCUCCCCAUGACCAAUUUCAUCCCGCCUCCUGUCGCAAACAUGUACUAACAAUGCCAUUCGAUUGCAGCGGCGCAGUAGUCUGCGUAGGCGGUCCGGCGUUCGUUUUCUGGGUCCAGCCGACCGACGAGGAACUCUUCAAGCGUUACAAUCCCGACCUACAGAAGAAGAGCUUGGAGAGACGCUUUGAGAGGCAGCAGGAGUUCGACGACUUUGUCAACCAGCUCAAGGACUUCUCCAAGGACGACAGACCCAUAUGGACAGUGCAAGAGGAAGCCGCAAGGGCAUAUAAGCAAGAGAGAUUAGCGGACGACGCGAAGAGGGCCGAAGAAGCUAGGGCUUUGAAGGAAGCAAUGAGGAGGGAAUCGGGGCUUUCAAGAUAGACUGGAUCCGUGGAAAAUUCUCUGAAUGUAAGAUUGACUUCUGUGUAAACUGGGGAAAAUCAUAUGUAUGCAUAGGGAGAUAUGGCGUUCUGGUGCAGCUGUUUUUUCGACCAAAUACCAAUUCAGUCCUGGGUGUUGCUUCUGUCACUUUUUGUUCCAGGCAAGGAUGAAAUAUCAGAGGACCACGUUAUUACUCUCACUCUCCAGUUACGAUAUUGAUGUUUCCUCUUGCCGUCGCAAUGCCCGGUUCGAAGCUUCAGGAUCGUGCUUUGUCUACACGGCGGGCGUUGAUUUAACAGGCGCGGAAUUUUGCCAACGACUCC